GAGUGGAUGAGUAGUGUGAGAAACUGAGCCAGAAGGGAGGAGCUUAACAGUAAACAAUGUGACUGAUCCCUGGUGAAACUGCUGUGUAUAAAAACUCAUACGUACACCAACUGCUGCAUCUGAUGAGAAUGAUCAGGACACUGAACAUGUCAACCGAAGUCAGAAACGUGCUGUUUGAGGAGCAGUUCCGCUGCUGCAUCUGUCUGGACAUCUACACCGACCCCGUCUCCAUCCCGUGCGGCCACAACUUCUGCCUGGACUGCAUCGAGGGCUUCUGGGACACCAAGGACACGUCGGAGUGUCCGCUGUGCAAAGAGAUUUUCAGAAACCGUCCGGAGCUCAGGAUCAACCGAGGAUUUGCGAAUGUCAUUGAACUCUUCAAGAGGUCUCUGUCGCCCCCAGAAGAGGAGGAUGUCGACAGUGUCCCUUACACUAAUAGAGUUCCCUGUGACAUCUGCGACGGGAACAGGUCUACAUCGGUCAAGUCGUGCCUCGUCUGCCAGGUGUCUUACUGUGAAAUUCACCUCAGGCCUCACCUGAGAGAUCCGGCACUGCAGAGACACCGGCUGACAGACCCGGCCACCUUCCCCGCCAGUCACCUCUGCAGAAACCACAACAAGCCGCUGACGAUGUUCUGCAAGAAAGACCAGACGCCCGUGUGUGUGAAAUGCGUAGAGAGGGGCCAUAAAAGCCACAAGGUCGUCCCCAUGGAGAAGGCCAGCAAGAGGGUCAAGUCUUCUUUGAGGGCGACAAAGGCCGACAUCCAACAGAUGAUCCAGGCCAGGUUUAGGAAAAUGGAUGAGAUCAAAAAUUCAGUGGAGCUGAGCAAAAAAAUCACGGAGAAAGAGAUUCAGAGCGGUUCUCAGGUCUGUGCCACGCUCAUAACCGCCAUCCAGAUCCACCAGGCCGGGCUGGUGGAAGAGCUCCAGGAGAGGCAGGUAGAAGCCGAGAGGAGGGCGGAGGAGCUGCUCGACGAGCUGGAGCAGGAAAUCACUGAACUGCAGACGAGGAGCAGCGAGCUGCAGCACCUGGAGCUCACUCAGAACCCUCUGCACCUCCUGCAGGGUUUCCCAUCUCUCAGAAGUCUCCCAUCUACUAAAGAGUGGUCCAAGGUGGCAUUCCACUCCAAUAACUGCAUGGGGACAGUGAGGAGAGCCGUCUCUAAGCUGGUGGAUGUUUGUCAGGGAGUUGCCAACAAGCUGUCUGCAGAAGAAGCAGACAAGAUGAAUCAAUAUGCAGUGGAUGUGACUCUGGAUCCUAACACUGCCUCAGGCUGGCUGGUCCUGUCUUCAGAUAAAAAGCAGGCUAGCUUCCAGAAGAACAAGGCCCCAGUCCCAUGUGACCCUCAGCGCUUUGACUCCUGCGUCUGUGUUUUGGGGAAACAAAGCUUCACGUCUGGAAGAAGCUACUGGGUUGUUGAGGUUGGAGAUAAAACAGACUGGGAUCUGGGCGUGGCCAGGGAGUCCAUUAACAGAAAGGGGGCCAUCACGGUGCGCCCUGACAGCGGCUACUGGGCGAUCUGCAGGCGUAAAGGAGGCAGUCUGAGCGCCUGCGCCGGCCCCUCCGUCGCCCUCAACCUCCAGGAAACCCCUCGGAAGGUGGGCAUCUUCCUGGACUACGAGGAAGGAUCCGUGUCCUUCUACGACGCAGACACAAAGAUUCACAUUUACACACACAGCGGGUGCUCCUUCACUGAGCCUCUGUACCCCUACUUUAACCCCUGUGUCCCGGACAGCGGGAAGAACACCGCUCCGCUGGUGAUCUGUCCUGUGGAGGGAGGCGUCGGGGACAUACCAUUGAGUCAGAUGUACAAGGUGUAAUAAGAAAGGAUGACGCUAACUGAUGUUUAAAAUCAGAGAUUUUAGUUCUUAUUCAAGAACAUUUUUUAACCUAUUUAGGUUUGACUUGUUUCAUUUAUUGUACUGUAUUAGUAUUUGAGCAACACUGACCUGCAACAGGUCAACCCAUGGGUUAUUUUUAUGUUUUUUAUUAACACAACAUUACACAUGACAACGGCUUUUACUGCUUGUAAGAUGUCAGCAAGGUUUCUGGUUACUGAUAUGAAUUGUUUGCUUUAUUAUCCAUAAGAGGUUUCACAAAAUUAUACCAGACUCAUGCAUGGAAAUAUGCAAAAAAAAAAAAAAAUGUUUUAAAUGUU